AUGCAUGUACGGGAGGCUAGACUGGUCGUCGCUGCUUUCGUCCUCCAAAACCAUGGCGUCGGCGGGGCGGUGCGGCGGCCGGCAGUUGGGACGCAGGCGGCGGCGACGGAGAAACGAUCCCUUACUGCCAAUCCCAUCUCCACUCUAGCGCGCCGCCACCUCUUGCCCCGCCCCGCCGGCGCGCCGCCAGCCCGCCUCCCGUCGCCGCACGCUGCUGCCCCUCCACCGCGGCGCGCCGCCGGACUGCCUACCCCAAGUGCCCCCAGCAACCGCCGCCGCCGCCGCCGCCGCCCGCAGCAGCAGCAGGCGCGGCCGGAGAUCCCAUCGUGGGGCCGGCGCCGGUCGAGGAAGGUCCCGGUGGCGCCGCCGGCCGAGAAGCCCGCGCCAUAUGACGAUAGGAGCGAGGGCGCCGCCAGCCUGGACACCCCCGAGGACGACGAGCACGACCAGGCAGUAGCGGCGGAGGACGAGGCCAAGGCUAGCGCGCAGGACAAGGGGUGUUCUCCAUUGGUUAUGAUACAACAACUGAUGCUUCAUUUCCAGAUUAACAAGAAAGGUCAAACUGACUAAAAAAUGUAAGGACAUCAGCAUCUUCUCUUUCUCUAUUAUUAUGAGAGCAUACUGCAUAAUAAUGCCUUUCAUGAUUCAGGCUCCUGUUCUUUUUUACCCUCUGCAGUCCUGAAGGUAGAGGAUACACGAUCUUUUACUGCAUUUUUACGGGUGUCUCCAUUGUUGUACACACUUUGAUACUUCCCAAUAAUGGAAUGUAUUUUCGAGAAAGAUAUCUGUACCUACAAAGUACAUAUCUACAAAUAAUUCACUCAUUUUAAAUGAUACUUCAAUCUGCAUGUUGUUUGCAAAAUUCUAAUUUUAAUUUAUCAAGCUUUACUAUGCUUUAAAUUAUACCAGUACUAUAUUUGAUGUGUGUCCAAGUUACCAGCUGUGGUAUUCAUCUUCUUUCUCCUUUUUUGGUGGGUUUUAUUUUGAUGAGAAGAAACAACACCCUACUGUGUACACAGGAAAGGAGCAUGCUUGGUUCUUCUAUCUAUAUUAUUUCUAUAGAAUAACACCUCAUGUUUUCACUAUUAUAGUGUUGUGUCCCUUUCGAGAAAGCCAUGGAAACCAUGGUGUUCUUCGUGCACCGCUAUCUUAGUAGUUGGCCUUCAAAAGGGACCAAGAUCUAUAUUCAUCGAAAUUAAGCUAAUAUUUUUUGAUUCUCUUUUGUUCAAUUUUCAGUCCAUAAACUACAUUUCCAGCGGGAGAGGGAGGUAUAAGUGCGAGAGGUACCCGUCCAUCCAAAGUCCUGUGUUGUUUGCUGUCUGUGCGCGUGUGCGCAAUUGGUGGCUGCCACUUUGUUGCCAUUUUCCCUUAUUUUUGUACCUGAGAGAUAAAUAAGGAAGCAAUGAGAGAUUAAUUAACUGGUGGGCUAUUAAACGGAGAAUAUGAAAUAAUUCAGAAGAAACAGAUCGAUCAGCUUCCAAGCCAAAUCAGUUAGUAAGCCUCGUGUAAUGGUGGCGGAUUGUUGUGCGUGGCUACAUAACAAUCUAUUCGGACAAUCUUGAGGCCUAAUGAUCGAAUCUGCAGACUGUACCAUAUGCUUAUAUAUGCCAAGCUUUAAUACUUGGUACAAUGGCUCUCUCCGCUCAAAUGGAUAGGUCAGCUAAUUUUUGUCAAUAAUUUCUCUAUAAUGAAAAUCCACUGUAUUACAUUACAAGAUAUAUACAAUUAGUUAUUAUCCUUUUAGUCAAGACAUUACAAGAAUGACGAGUGCGUGGAUGUCGUGGACGACACCGGCCAGUACCGACACCGGCCAUUCUGUGCAAGGGGAUCAUCUUUUGGGGCGAUUUCAACCAUUUGUGCGGUGUUGGUCGAGUGGGAGUGGAUCGGAAACACCGGAUUGCUUUGUGUGUUAGGGGAGGUGAUGUGCGCCAGUACGUGAUCGACAAUGUGAAUAAUGAGCUUGGAAUUUGGAGGUGCCAAGUUGGUCAUGUUCUUUCUUUAGGAGGCCAUUGAUCAGCUGUAGAAUAGAAGAAACCUCGAAUGAGGUAGAAAAGGUGGAGGCAAAGCUUUACCUAUUUACUUAUUUUCUGAAUAAAGCUUAACCUAAUUUUAGUCUGCUAUAUAUCUAAGUAUAAAAUCGUACACACAUAAUCCCACUAUUUUCUACAUUACCAAUUACUCCCUCCGUCCGGGUUUAUUAGGCCCCUCAGCAUCACAAGCGUGUCCCUUUUUAUAAGGCUCUGCUUUGGAAAGGUGCAUGCAUGCAACCAUUUCAUUGGUUGCACUGAAAGCCAUUGUUGUUGGUGCCAUGGCUGAAAAAUUAAUACACUUCAUGCCUGCUUUUCAUUGGCUGCAUGCAUGUGAGAAAGUGCAUUGGGAGUGGAAUGGAAGAAAUAAUGUGAGCAAAUUACUAUGUGUCUUGGUCGAAGAGAAGUUGUCUUUAGGCCUAAUAAACCCGGAUGGAGGGAGUAACUACCAUUAAUUAAACUGCUCAUCAUGAAGUACAUGUCCUCGGUUUUUAGUCAUUUCUUAUAGAAAUUUGUACUCCCUCCGUUCCAUAUUAGUUGUCGCUCAAACGGAUGUAUCUAGCACUGAAAUACGUCUAGAUACAUCCAUUUCAGAGACAACUAAUAUAGAACGGAGGGAGUAGUUUUUAUGUCCGUUGAGCUCAGGAUUGUGGAGAUACUACCAGCCGAUCUAAUUGUACUCUGGUUGCAUGUCCCCUAACUCCACAGUAACAUGGUAAUUGCUUCACUUUUUAUUUAUGAUAUCUUUCUAAGGGCAAACAUAAUUAGUAGAUUGUGUAAAGAAGGUCAUUCAUAAAAAAAUGGAGCUAUGCUUAUUGCACUAGGGACGUGUAGCAUUUUUUUCUCCCAUUGCAACGCACGGGCAUGUUUGCUAUAGUCAAUAAAAUCCCUAAUCCGUGACAUUCUGAUCAAUUAUCUCGAACAGACACAUGUAGUGAUUGAUAACUUAAAUAAAAUCAAGUUAUUUUCCUAAACUAAGAUUUUUUUUGCUUGUUCCAGUCGUCAGCUAUUUUGAAUUUAUUUCAUGAUGUGCCUGCUCAUAUCUGAGUCCUGACCAUCUGGUGCUCUUUUUCAGAUUUGCUCAUGAUUCUACAGUUCUUUUCUGAACUUGUUCGUCCUAUUCGGGAUUUGCUUCUUCCAAUCUACUAUUCUGAUUUCCUUUUUCCCAGGCUUGGUCAAGAACUAGCAUGCUACAAAAUAGAUAAAGGAGUGGCUUGCUGAUGCUCAUAAUUCCAAGAUGUUCUUACAGACCGCACCUCUCUGUUAUGGGCAUCUUAGUUCUGCAAUCAAGUUGCUCAUGUGCAUAAAACUGCUAUGACACAUCUAUUUGUUUAAGAUGUCAUGUUGUUCUGCAAAUUGAAGUUUGUGUGUACACUAUCCCACAACAUGGAGUAGUGAGGAUGCAGAGGCCCUAGAUCAACCACUUGAUGUGAAUCAAUAUAGUGGUUGUGCAAAGUGUAUAAGGUCGUUUCUGAACCUCAGCAUGGAGGCGUUGCACUAAGGGAUGCAGUGAUCUUCGCCCAGGGUAAUUUUUCGAGGAUUCACUAGAGACAGACUGCUACGAGUUGGUUGGUUCGUAUCUGGUCAGCGAUCGAUCAUUUUCAUCUUUUGGUAUUCAGUUAGCCAGAUAAGUACUACGUAUGGAAGACUUCCUUUGUCAAAACCAGCUAGCUCAUUGGUUCAUUUUCAUGUAAUUAUCGGUAACACCUUUUUGAAUCUUGCAUCCACUAAAGUUUGAUAGUUCA